AUGGAGUGCAAUGGAAUUCCGUGCCGAGAGAGCAUGGAAGUUCUCAAGGUGGACCCAGAGCACCUGGCGGCUUUCACUCUUCCCGAAGAGGCUCUGGAGUAUGAGCCAGCGGGUGACGACGUCUUUUUGAGGUUGAGCUCCGGCAUUUUGGAACGGCGACUACACAGCAACGUCACCUUCACCGAAGAUGAGGGCUUAGCCGCGGAGCAUGCUUUGCGCAACCUUCGGCAGGAGGCUCGUCGCAGUGGCAAACGCUUCAGUCCCGAGAUUUGCCAUGAAGCGACACGAUAUCUGUCGGCAACCCGCGGGAAUCAUCAGAAAGCAUUGAGUCUUAUGGAAGCCACGGAGAAUUGGCGACAUCACUACUUCAAGGACGGACCUCUUUGCUCUGCAGACAUAGCGGAAGACAUGAAGCACGGUUUCGCAUACUUUGUGGGUCGCGAUCGUGCCAUGCGGCCGGCGUUGGUGUUUCGCGCCUCGCGCGUGCCAGAGAAGUGGCGGAAGGAUUUUGACAUCGACCGCUUGCUACGGGUCUUGAUCUUCUGCAUGGAGGUCAUGUUGCGAUUUAUGCUUGUGCCGGGCAAAGUAGAGACUUCCUGUUUGAUCGUGGACUUGCAAGACAUCUCCAUCAAGGACAUUCCCAUUUCGUUGCUUCGGGAGAUCCAUCAGCUGUUCACGGCGCACUAUCCCUGCCGAGGCUUUCGCUUCUAUGUGUGCAAUGUGCCACGCAUGCUGAUGGCCAUCUCACACGUAGCGAAGAGUCUUCUGACAGAACGACAAAAGUUGAAAGUUCGAGUGCUGAGCGACGUCCGGGAGCUGCUGGAGGAUUUUGCCCCACAUCAGUUGGAGCAGGACCUAGGCGGUUCGAGACCAUUGGCCACGAGCUUUUUGCCAUUCCCUCUGGGUCCAGGUCCCUUCUAUCCAGGCUCAGCUCCUCGUCUCAGCCCAGUCAUCAAUCUGCACAAAGCGUCUGACUUGAAGGAGGCGAGGGAGGAGUUGGAACGCACUCGUUGCCAUGCUGAGGCUAGCCCCAGCAGCGUUGAGACGCAUCAAGAGACCGCCAGUGGCAGGCUGACCUCGAAUUCACGGUCACCUGACUCCUUCGACUUGUCUCAACCCUGGACCUUUCGAGAAGGCGAUGAAGUCGAAGUAUGGAGUGUGUCUCAAAAUGCCUGGGUUGCUGGUGUGGUCCAGGCCUUUUUUCCACAAAGCACAGUGGCCGAAGGCUACCAAGUUCCUCCGGGCACCUUAAAGAUUUCAAUUCCGCGAGGAUGCAAAUGGAUACCGCAAGACUUGAUCAGCUCCAACGUGCGGAGAGUGAUUUCAACCCCAAGCAUUGCAGAGCAAUGUAAGGAGAUCGCCAAUCAGGGCCGGGUACUUCUGAGUGCCUCUUUGGUUGAAGAGCACAGCCCACAUAGACAUCCCACGUUAUCCAGGUGCACUCACUCGCCUGGCAGUGAGAUUUCAGACCGCUGCAUUCGAGCAACCUGGUUUUGCCUGUGA